AUGACGGGCCCCGCCAGGAGCCGCCAAGACGCGGGGGAAGAUAGUCACGAACUGAAGAACAAGUUGACUCAGAAACGCAGAACAAAAAUGAGAGUUGCCCUCAUACUGGUAUGGACAACUGUGUCCCUGAGUCGCUCCGGGCGAGCGGAACAUGACGGUGGACAUGGGACACGGCUGCUCGAACACGGACACCAUGGUCACUAUACCAGACACGGGUCAGGACACGGCCGCAAUUAUGAUGUCAGUAAAGCUGGAAAAGAGACCGAGGGACACGCAUAUAGCAGCUACUCUGCACUUGGUGAUGCUUACAAUCCUGGAGGACACGCAGCUACCGACGGAUAUGGUCACCACCGCGGACAUGGGCGUGUCACAGGCUACGGGGAACUUCCCGCUAAGGGAGACGACUACAGGACGUCGGGCGGAAGAGGUCACGCAGGAAUGGAAACUCAAGAUUACUCUAGUGGCUCGGACACUGACUACCUUUCAGCGUACCGUGUGGUACUUGCCGGCGAAUAUGGCAAGGAACAUAGUGGGAGCCAAAGUAGUGGAUAUGGCAACAGUUAUGGCAAAACCCAUGAUAAUAUUUACAAUUUUGGGCAGGAGGGUAGCCAUGACAAAGGACAACACAGCAGUCGCGACGAUAUCUAUGGCAGAACGAGCGUUAACAAUCAUUUCAACUAUGGCAAGGGAGGGUGUAGUGGUAGUUUUUUCACAGGACAUUCUAAUGGCAACUUGCAUAGCGAUAUAUAUAAUGUCUAUGGCAUCAGCCAAGGUAAGAGUCCUAUAAAAAGCAUUGGAUAUAUGCAUACGUAUAGCUGUGGGGGAUAUUGGAAAGGAAUUCCUUCUCCCUAUAAGUAUGGACAUGGGAAUGGUGGUAAUUAUGGAUAUAGAAACAGCUAUAGCAAAGGAAAGAGUUAUAGUGGGAGUAUAGGACACGGUGGAGGUUACAGUAACGAUUAUGGACAUGGUGGUGCCUAUAAUCACGAACAUGGGCAUGGAGGUGGUAGUUCUAGCUAUAGUACAGGCUACGGGCACGGUAGCAAUUUAGAGCAAGGUGGUGGACAUAGUAGCAGCAGUUCAGGACAUGCCCAUGGAUAUGGCAAGCAACAGGGACAUGGUAGCAGCAGCAGUUUAGGCCAUACUGGUGGAAAUGACAAGGGACAUGGAUAUGGUAGCAGUAGUCUAGGGUAUGGUGAUGUAUAUGGCAAGGAAUAUGGACAUGGUAUCAGCAGUUUUGGACAUACUGGUGGAUAUAACAAUGGAAAUGUACAUGGAAGCAGCAGUUUAAAGCAUGGUGAUGGAUAUGGCCAGCAACAUGGACAUGGAAGCACCAGCAGUUUAGACCAUGCUGACCGCUACAGUAGCCAACAUAGACCUGUCACCAGCAUGGCACACGGCAGUAACUACCAGGAAUAUGGAUAUGAAAAAAACAUUGCCAAGGGACAAGGGUAUGACCAUUACUCUGGAUAUGGUCAUGACAAUGACAAGUUAAACGAACAAAUGACUAUGUCUGGCUACGGUGAUUGA